UUCCAAUCAAGCCUCGUUCGAUAUCACCAGUAGAGUCCAAUUGCAAGCACCUCAAUUGGCACCAUGCUUGCUACAAGAGCACUGCGAAUGGCCCACGGGCCCAAGCCCAACAUCACCGGCUUCAACAUGCGCGCCUUCAAGGAGGCCACCGGUCAGCCUCGAUACGAUCCUUGGGAGAGAGCCGAGGCAUGGCGAUACAAGGGCACCUUUUCCCGCUGGAACAGAUUCAGAACCGGUUUCCCCGGCCUGGGAAUCGCCACUGUUGCAUUUGCUGGAUACUGCGGCUACGAGUACCUGUUCUUGAAUGACGAGCACCAUGGCGAGGGUCACGGCGAGGGUCACCACUAAAGCGUUGUUUUGUUCUGCGAGGGCGGCAUUGUUGGAAGAUGGUUUUUUUUUUUUUUCAGAGGCAAAGCGGUGUGGAGGAAGAAGAGAGAGAAAGACGGAAA